AUGUCCACAACACUAGACCAACAAAAAGAGGCCGCAUACACCCUGCUCUCUGGUAUGCUCACAAGCGUCCUACAAAAAGAGUGGAAAAUAACAGACCGUCAUUCGGCACAGUCCGCCCUCCUCGACAUACUACUCCUCCCCAAGCCAGCGCGAGCCCCAACCCCAGGUCCCAUCGCCCCCAUCAAGAUCCAGAAACAAAGCAUCUUCCGCCUAGGCAGCCGUACAUUCGACCUCGGCCCCGAACACGACUCAUCCGCCAGUUCCUCCGACGAUGAUGGUGACGCUCCGAUCCGGAAUGCGCGUCAGCUUAAGAGUGAGAUGCGUAGGGUUAAUGCGAUUCAGAGGCGUGCGAAGAGGAGGGAAGAGAGGGGGAGGAGGAGGAUUGAGAUGCAUCUUGGGAGGAUGGAGGGGGUAGUGGAAUUUGAGACGGAGACCAAGACUGUGGGGAAUACGAAGAGUGUUGCGGGGACCCCGGUGAGGAUGCUGAAGGAGCUGGAGGACUACAAUAGUCCUGCGAGGGGAAGUCUGUCUAGCGAUGCGCUCAUGUCGCCGCGAAGUGCUGAGUUCAGUUCGACGGCCAGUGAGGCUAACCGGGGGGUUGAGGAGUACGAUGGCGUUGACAGUCCCAUGUCCGAACCCGUACAGGCACCCAGGCGACUACAGCGCGCGGGGCCUCACAUCAAGUAUGUCAAGCCGGCAUCUAGCCAGCGACGCGGCCCUGCUCAAAAAGAUUACCUAGGCCGACCACAGCGCCACUGCAGCGACUGCGACCGUACGUUACUGGCCUCACACUGGACAUGCCACGUCAAAGGCCGAAUGCAUCAGGACAAUGCAGCUCGGGACAAGCAAUCCCCUCCGGUGCAGGGCACCAAGACUAGACAAGAGUAUAUGCGGGGCUUGAAGCAGUAUUGCGUGUACUGUGACCGUCAGGUCCAUUCGAGGGGCUGGGGCGGUCAUUUGAAGGCAAGAGCGCAUUUGGAGAAUGUGGCGAAGGCGAAAGCGGAGGAGGAAGAGAGUGUGAGGCUUCAUGCACCGACACCGGAGUCUGUGGUGCUGUCUGUGGAAGAGGAAGAGAAAGAGCAGAAAGAGGAGGAAUAUGAGGAUGACGGCUUCGGCGAAGAAGGAUAUGAAUAUGGUCACUAUUGCGAUGACUGCGAGGUCACGUUCGCUGGUGCGAACUGGGCGCGGCAUUUGAGUUCGGCAGGCCACGUGUUUAAUGUCAUUAAAAACUCUCCGGGGGAUGAGGAUAUGACGUCCGAUGACGAUGAGGAGGAGGAAGAAGAAGAGGAAGAGGAGGAAAGCAUGGCAGACUAUGAUUCUGCCACUGAUGGGGAGAGCAUGGUGUAUGAUGAUGCGACGGAUGAGGAUUCUGCGUCGCCCUCGCCAUCGCCAUUGUCUUCACCCUCGGCGGAGGAAGACGAGGCCGUAUCCAAUGAGAGAAUCACAUUCCCCCACGACGGGACACCGGUUGCCGACCUCGCCUCAACCCCCUCCCUCACAUCUUCGCCCACCUCCCCUGCUUCCCUCUCUUUCUCGCCUAAUUUCACUCCCGCUAGUCCCGAAUUUAAUUCAGGAGUGAACUUCUACUGCGAAAUCUGCAGGGUCACUAUCUUGUCUGCGGAUCCCUGGGAGAUUGAUGAGCAUGUGGCUGAUCAUGCGUAUGAAGUGAGUAAGGAGGCUGAGGUGACCGGGACAGGAGGGGAUUGGUUGAGUCAGUUGAGGGAGGCUGCUGGAAGAGUGAAGGAGGUGGAGGAGGUGGUGGAGGAUAUGGAGAUCGAGGUUGAGCAGGGUGGCAUGGAAUGUCAAUACAAUGGGUGGGCAUGGAGAACGGGUACGGAUGGUAAGGUGCUUGGGAGUAUACGGCGUAGUCCGUCUUGUUAG